AUGGCAACAAAACUGGCAGCAAUUCCGACGCUAGCAUCGCUCUACACCUCCUCCACCGUCGCCGCCCCCGCCGCCUCCACCCUCUCGGCCUCGAUCUACCCCUUCGCCUCGCUCCUCUCCCUCCACUGCGGAGACAUCACCACCCUAGCCGUGGACGCUAUCGUCAAUGCGGCCAAUAACUCGCUCCUUGGCGGGGGUGGGGUCGACGGCGCCAUCCACCGCGCCGCGGGCCCUGAGCUGCUCGAGGAAUGCCGAACGCUGCACGGCUGCGACACGGGUGCCGCUAAGACCACAGCCGGCUACAACCUGCCGGCCAAGCACGUCAUCCACACCGUUGGACCUGUCUAUAAGGCAGCGAAGCACGACGAGUGCGAAGAGCUGCUGAAGAGCGCGUACGCCCGCAGUCUGGACGAGCUUAAGCGAGUGGGCGGGAAAAGUAUCGCAUUCCCCAGCAUCUCGACGGGCGUCUACGGCUACCCAUUCGACAAGGCCGCCACCGCCGCGCUCGACCAGAUCGGCUCCUGGCUCGAGACGGGCGACAACAGUAAAAACAUCGAAAGAGUGAUCCUGUGCUGCUUCUCUCAAAAAGACUACGACAAGUACCUAGAGCUGGCUCCCACAGUGUUUCCUCCUCAAGACAUCUUCAACAAGUAUGCCGAGACUUGA